AUGAUUGAUCUUCUUCAUUCAGUUCUUGAAGCAACAGAAUAUCUUUCAGGUAGCUCAUAUCCAAUGAUCUCUAAUGUUCAUUUGACUGUUAGCAGACUUAUUCAGCAAUUUGAUCAUUUUAUUGAUGAUAGGUCACAUUUGGAUGAAGAGUAUAUAUUUGCAGACUUUAUACAUUACAAAUUAAAUAAAUACUGGUCUCUUCUUGAUGAAAAAAUUAUAGUAGCUGCAAUUCUUGACCCGUCAUCAAAAAUUAAAACAUUUUUACCUAGAAAAAAAAGAACUGUAGCUAUUACCAGUUUGCGUCAAGAAAUACUUUGUUAUAAGCCAUUAACCUCAGUAGAAAAUAUCAACUUGAUUGUCUCUAAAAAUAAAAAAGCAUAUUUUAAAUCCUUUUUUUUAGAAGAACAAGAAACUAAACAACUACUAGAAGAAGAAUUAGAUUUAUACUUAUCUUUGCCUACAUGCCAAACUAAUCUGUUUAGUUGA